AUGAUUGGCGCGCAUAGUUUGCCAUCUCGUGACAAUGGACCGUCUCCCGGAUUCAAUGUCGCGAAUCACCUCGAGAAGCGGCAGCUUCUCAUCGCCAUCAACUGCGUGGCCGCCCUCUCCAUCUUCUUCUUCGGUUACGACCAGGGAAUGAUGGGUGGUGUGAACAAUGCAAAGGACUACAUUGACCUCAUGGGCUUCGGCCACGUCGACCCCGACACCAAGGAGCCCGUCAUCACCAACAGCUUGCUGCAGGGCGGUAUCGUGUCCGUGUACUACCUCGGCACCCUCUUCGGCUGUCUGCACGGCGGCUGGAUCGGUGACAAGAUGGGCAGAAUCAAGACCAUUGCCAUCGGCUCCGUCUGGGCCAUUGUGGGUGCCGCCUUGCAGUGCAGUGCCCAGAACGCCAACUGGAUGAUUUGCUCCCGCGCCGUCAACGGUAUCGGCACCGGCAUCCUCAACUCCAUCAUCCCCGUCUGGGCCACAGAAACCGCCGAGCACACCUCGCGCGGCCAAUUCAUCGCCAUCGAGUUCACCCUCAACAUCUUUGGCGUCGUCGUCGCCUACUGGCUCUCCUACGGCCUGUCCUACAUCGACAACGGCGAGUCCGCCUUCCGCUGGCGCUUCCCCAUCGCCUUCCAAAUCAUCCCCCUCAUCGUGCUGGUCUCCAUCGCCCGCUUCGUCCUGCGCCGCCUCCGCGGCAGCCAGGGCGAGGAUCUCCAGCGCGCCGAGGCCGAGUACCAGGACAUUGCCAACAUCAGCGAGGUCGAGACGGCCGAGUCCAAGGCCAACUCCUACUUCCAAAUGUUCUUCGGCAUCGGCUCCGGCGAGCUGCACACCGGUCGCCGCGUGCAGCUCGUCAUCUGGCUCCAGAUUCUCCAGGAGUGGGUCGGCAUCGCCGGUGUCACCGUGUACGCGCCCACCAUUUUCCGCAUCGCUGGCUUCGAUACGGACAAGAGCCAGUGGAUCAGCGGCUUGAACAACAUCUUUUACAUGUUCGCCACCCUCAUCUGCGUCUUUACCCUCGACAAGAUCGGCCGCCGCUGGACGCUCUACUGGGGUGCCGUUGGCCAGGGCAUCUCCAUGUUCUUGGCCGCCGCCUUCUCCAAGCUCGGCCAGGACGCCAGAGCCGCCGGCGACGACUCCAAAGCGAGCGCCUACGGUGCCGCUGCCGCCUCCUUCGUCUUCAUCUUCACCUCCGUCUUCGGCGCUACGUGGCUCACCGUCCCCUGGCUGUACCCCGCCGAGAUCUUCCCUCUCCACGUCCGCGCCAAGGGCAACGCGUGGGGUGUAUUCGGAUGGUCCAUCGGCAACGGAUGGCUCACUCUGCUGUGCCCCGUCAUGUUCGCCAACAUUGGCGAAAACACUCUCCACAUCUUUGGCGCGUGCAACAUCAUCGCCAUACCCAUCGUCUGGGCCCUGUACCCCGAGAGCAACCAGCGAACGUUGGAAGAGAUGGAUUUGCUGUUCGCCGCUCCGACCCCUUGGGUGUGGGAUGCCGAGAAGACCUUUGCGCGUCUCAAGGCCGAGAGGCCUCAGCUCGUCAACGCCGCCCACCACGGCCGCGCCGUCGUUGAUGCGGAAAAGGGCAUCAUUGGGGGCGCGUCCGGUAAGUCUACCGGUGUGCCUUCCGAUACUGUCAGCGGGAGCGCGAGAGAUAGCGGCGAGGCCAAUGUCGAAAACGCGUCUUAA